GCUUCUCCCCGGAUAGGCUCCCCUCCCCGGUGUGAUUGUAAGUCAUGACGGACUCCAAAUACUUCACCACCAACAAAAAAGGGGAGAUCUUCGAACUGAAAGCCGAGCUCAACAAUGAGAAGAAGGAGAAGAGAAAAGAGGCGGUGAAGAAGGUCAUCGCAGCUAUGACUGUAGGCAAGGACGUCAGCUCCCUUUUCCCGGACGUGGUGAACUGCAUGCAGACCGACAACCUGGAGCUGAAGAAGCUGGUCUACCUGUACCUGAUGAACUAUGCCAAGAGCCAGCCGGACAUGGCCAUCAUGGCCGUGAACAGCUUCGUGAAGGACUGCGAGGACCCCAACCCCCUCAUCCGUGCCCUGGCCGUGCGCACCAUGGGCUGCAUCCGCGUGGACAAGAUCACCGAGUACCUGUGCGAGCCGCUGCGCAAGUGCCUGAAGGACGAGGACCCGUACGUGCGCAAGACGGCGGCCGUCUGCGUGGCCAAGCUGCACGACAUCAAUGCGCAGAUGGUCGAGGACCAGGGCUUCCUGGACUCCCUGCGGGACCUCAUCGCGGACUCCAAUCCCAUGGUGGUGGCCAACGCGGUGGCAGCCCUGUCCGAGAUCAGCGAGUCUCACCCCAACAGCAACCUGCUGGACCUCAACCCGCAGAACAUCAACAAGCUGCUCACCGCCCUGAACGAAUGUACCGAGUGGGGCCAGAUCUUCAUCCUGGACUGCCUGUCCAACUACAACCCGAAAGAUGACCGGGAGGCCCAAAGCAUCUGCGAGCGAGUGACCCCCCGCCUCUCCCACGCCAACUCGGCCGUGGUGCUCUCGGCCGUCAAGGUGCUGAUGAAGUUCCUGGAGCUGCUCCCCCGCGACUCGGACUACCACCACAUGCUCCUGAAGAAGCUCGCCCCACCGCUGGUCACCCUGCUCUCCGGGGAGCCCGAGGUCCAGUACGUCGCCCUGCGGAACAUCAACCUCAUCGUCCAGAAGAGGCCGGAGAUCCUGAAGCAGGAGAUCAAGGUGUUCUUUGUGAAGUACAACGACCCCAUUUAUGUCAAACUGGAGAAGCUGGACAUCAUGAUCCGCCUGGCCUCACAGGCCAACAUCGCUCAGGUUUUGGCUGAGCUGAAGGAAUACGCCACAGAAGUCGACGUGGACUUUGUCCGCAAAGCUGUGCGGGCCAUCGGCCGCUGCGCCAUUAAGGUCGAGCAAUCGGCCGAGCGCUGCGUGAGCACCCUCCUGGACCUCAUCCAGACCAAGGUCAACUACGUCGUCCAGGAGGCCAUCGUGGUCAUCCGGGACAUCUUCCGCAAGUAUCCCAACAAGUACGAGAGCAUCAUUGCCACGCUGUGCGAGAACCUCGACUCCUUAGACGAGCCGGAUGCCCGAGCGGCCAUGAUUUGGAUCGUGGGGGAAUACGCCGAAAGGAUCGACAACGCAGAUGAGCUCCUGGAGAGCUUUCUGGAAGGCUUCCAUGACGAAAGCACCCAGGUGCAGCUCACCCUCCUGACUGCCAUUGUGAAGCUGUUCCUGAAGAAGCCGUCCGAAACGCAGGAGCUGGUCCAGCAGGUCUUGAGCCUCGCCACCCAGGAUUCUGACAAUCCUGACCUGCGUGACCGUGGCUACAUCUACUGGCGCCUCCUUUCCACGGACCCCGUCACCGCCAAGGAGGUGGUCCUGUCAGAGAAGCCUCUGAUCUCGGAGGAGACGGACCUGAUCGAGCCCACGCUCCUGGAUGAGCUCAUCUGCCACAUCGGCUCCUUGGCCUCCGUCUACCACAAGCCCCCCAAUGCCUUCGUGGAGGGCAGCCACGGGAUCCAUCGCAAGCACCUGCCCAUCCACCACGGAAGCACCGACACCGGAGACAGCCCCGUGGGGACCGCGGCCGCGCAGGGCCUGGAGCAGCCGCAGGUGAUCCCGUCCCAGGGGGACCUCCUAGGCGACCUCUUGAACCUCGACCUCGGCCCGCCAAUGAACGUGCCCCAGGUCUCCUCCAUGCAGAUGGGCGCCGUGGAUCUCCUGGGAGGGGGCCUGGACAGCCUGCUUGGCAGUGACCUUGGCGGGGGAAUUGGAGGCAGCCCAGCAGUGGGGCAAACCUUCAUCCCGUCAUCAGUGCCUGCAACCUUUGCCCCUUCGCCCACGCCAGCCGUGGUCAGCAGUGGGCUGAAUGACCUCUUCGAGCUCUCCUCCGGCAUAGGCAUGGCUCCUGGCGGUUUCGUGGCUCCCAAAUCGGUCUGGCUGCCGGCCGUGAAGGCCAAAGGCCUGGAGAUCUCGGGCACCUUCAGCCACAGGCAGGGCCACAUCUACAUGGAGAUGAACUUCACCAACAAGGCCCUGCAGCACAUGAGCGACUUCGCCAUCCAGUUCAACAAGAACAGCUUCGGCGUCAUCCCCAGCACCCCGCUGGCCAUCCACACUCCUCUGAUGCCCAACCAGAGCAUUGACGUGUCCCUUCCGCUCAACACCCUGGGGCCAGUCAUGAAGAUGGAACCUCUCAACAACCUCCAGGUGGCCGUGAAGAACAACAUCGACGUCUUCUACUUCAGCUGCCUCAUCCCUCUCCACGCGCUCUUCGUCGAAGACGGCAAAAUGGAGCGCCAGGUGUUCCUUGCGACGUGGAAGGACAUCCCGAACGAGAACGAGCUCCAGUUUCAAAUCAAGGAGUGCCACCUGAACGCUGACACCGUCUCCACCAAGCUCCAGAACAACAACGUUUACACCAUCGCCAAGCGGAACGUGGAGGGCCAGGACAUGCUGUACCAGUCGCUGAAGCUCACCAAUGGCAUCUGGAUCCUGGCCGAGCUGCGCAUUCAGCCGGGCAACCCCAACUACACGCUCUCCCUGAAAUGCCGGGCCCCGGAGGUGUCGCACUACGUCUUCCAGGUCUACGACGCCAUUUUGAAAAACUAGCCGCCGACGCAGCUGCCGCCCCCCGCGCGGGUCCGAGUCGGGGCGGCUGCGCGUGCUCCGCAUCCCCUCGCCUGACCCGGGCCGGGAACGUGGCCAGCGGGGGCUCUGCGUGGCGCCCUCGCCCUCGCCCCGCCCCGCCCCGCCAGGGCCAGUCCACGGUAGUGAGUAGUGUCCGCGUGCCGGUAGCCGUAGCGGGAGCACCCCGCCCGAGACGCGCGGCCCCCGCGACCCGUUCGUAGCCGCUCGCCGGCCCCGUCUCCGCACUCCACGCCAGCCGCCCGCUUGUCCCGUGAGCUUCUCCAUCUCGUGCCAACGCUUUGCGUUUUCUAAGCCACCGUGAGCCACCCGCUCGUGCCACAUCGCGCGCCCCGGGGACCAGCCCCACGCCCCACUCCGUGCUCCCCGUUGCUCACUUCGGGUUCACCUCCUCUUGCGUUCACCUUCUCUCUGGCUGCCAAAGCGGGAGCCUCGGAGAAGGGCCAGUCUUACCGGAAGCAGCGGCUGGGUGUCGAUCUGCUCUGCGGUGCCCCCAGCUUGGUGCCGGCUGCAGCGCUGGGGGGUUUGCAGCCCCCGGGCCGGAAAUCCCAGCAGCCUGGCUCCUUUCCGCAUUCCAGGCCCAGAGCCCACUCUGCCGGCAGCCUGCCCGCCUUUGCCUUCCUGCGCAGGACGCUUCCUAGAGACCGGAGGCGGCUGCGCCUGCUUGCCCGCCGCAGAGCAUCGCCCGGCCUCCCCAGCCCGGCGCCGCCCGGUGUGUGGGCUGCCGUGCCCGUCGCCCAGCUGUGGAUUGGCCUCCCUGGCUGGGGUUGAGGGGAGCCGAGCAUCCAAGCUCCGUGGGGGCGCCAGGGCUUUGACGGGCCCCUGCCCUUCCGCGGGGCCCGGGUGACGUCUCCCCGGGCGAGGCGGCACCGACAGCCCAUCACUUCUAAGCGCAGCCGGUGCCUGCGGGGG